AUCGACGGUACGGUGCGGGACAACCUGUUGAAAUAUGCGAUGACAGCAAUCAAUCAACUGAUGAAUAACUUAAUAAUAUUUAUUGAAGAGGACUGAUCUUGCCAAACGGUCAUUUAUAAUCAACUGCCAAGUAAUGAAAUCAAUAUUUUGUACGACACCUGUCAACGAAUCGCUAAAAACCUAAGAUAUCCGAGAGAUGGCGAAGCAGUACGACAUUUUGAUUCGCAUGCUUAUGAUUGGUGACUCGGGUGUUGGCAAGACGUGUAUGCUGUGCAGAUACACUGAUGAGGGAUUUAUCACACCGCACAUCUCCACAAUAGGUAUUGACUUCAAAAUGAAAAAUUUAGAAUUAGAGAACAACAGAAUCAGAGUGCAAAUCUGGGACACAGCUGGCCAAGAGCGAUACGACACAAUCACCACACAGUACUUCCGAAGGGCCCAGGGCUUUAUGUUAGUUUAUGACAUUACUAGCGAGGCAUCAUUCCUUAAUAUUCAGAAGUGGAUGACGAUGGUUACAGAGCAUGCAGGCCCGGAUGUGGACAUGUUUUUAGUGGGAAACAAAAGUGAUGCAGAAACGUUAAGAACAGUCACAUACGAGGAAGGCGAAAGGUUUGCAAAGGCAAAUGGAAUGGGAUUUAGUGAGACCAGUGCGCACAACAGUUCUAACAUAAACGAGGCAUUCGUCAUGCUCACCAAGCAAAUCAUGAGGAAACGGAAGAAGUCUAUCGAGAGGCAGAUGGAGAAUAUACGACUGUAUGCACGGGAGGACAGCCGGGCAGAUCUAGAGGACCCAACACAGGGCAAGUCAGCUUGCUGCUGAUGAAGCGCCACCGCACACUUCCUCGUCAGAUUUUACUGUCUUUUAUUUUAACGUAGAGUUCAUUGCACACUUGCCAAACAGAGGUUUUACUUCAGUUCAGUUUGCCUCAUUUUUUAAAGGUCAAAUCUGAGACAUUGUGUGCUUAUUAAUUUGCACUGUCUAACAGAAGUUCACUUUUAGGUACACGUAACUCACAUCAUUGCUUACAUCCGUUGUCUUAUAGGGAAUACAGGGUGAGUAAAAAAAAA